AUGAACUUCUUUAAGACACCUACACCUAAAGAACAACAACGACAAAAUGAUCGUGAACUUCGUAAAGCAAAAAGGGAUUUGGACAGAGAUAAAUUAGCUUUAGAAAGAGAAGAAAAGAAAUUGGAAAUGGAAAUAAAAAAGAUGGCAAAAGAAGGAGAUAAAGAUGGCUGUAAAAUACUUGCUAAACAGUUAGUGCAGUUAAGGAACCAAAAAACUAGGUUAUAUUCAGCUAAUAGUAAGAUUUCAAGUGUUCAAAUACACAAUAAAGCUAUGGUUGCCAAUGUAGCUAUAGCUGGUGCAAUGGGCACCACAGCUAAGACUAUGGGUAAUAUCAAUAAAAUCUUGAAUCCACAACAAAUUGCAAAAGAUAUGGAAUCAUUUAAAUAUGCUAGUGCUAAAAUGGAUAUGACUGAUGAUAUCAUUUCAGAUACUUUAGAUGAUAUAAUGACAGAAUCUGGCGAUGAAGAAGAGUCUGAGGGUAUUGUGAACAAAGUGUUGGAUGAAAUAGGCAUUGAAAUUAGUGGAAAAAUCGCAAAUGCACCUUCAGUGGCACGUAACAAAGUCGGUGAAUCGACCUCUGAUAUCGAUAAGGAACUUAUGGCGCAAUUAACUAAAUUGAAGUCA